CAAUUUUACAAGGAAGCAGUUUGUGAACCUCAUUGUCCCACUCUUAUCAAGUGUUGAAAGUUGAAGAUAAGGUUACCUACCACAGGAGGAAGAAAAAUAAAUGGCUGAAGCAGCUGGGAACCGGAUCUUCUCAUCAAGAAGCAUGAACAUAAUUCCGAAAAGCUUGUAUCCAGCAGAAACCAAAACAUUGCAGUUGCUUGGCCAACCCUCCAGUACUAAAGCCUCCAUCAAAAAAGAUCAGUUUCCACCGAUAAGCAAGAAGAAUCAGCAGCGAAUUCCAAGGCAUCUGAUCAAGAUCUCGACAGCAGAAGGUAGGUGGCAGGGGAAGUGGAACAGUGAAUACAAUUUAUCACUCAGAGACCUUCAGUUGCAAGAUUUGGCAGAAGAUGGCAAUGGAGAAGCAAAGGUCUCCAUUUCUCUCUGCGUUGAUAAGCAUGCUGGUUUCGGGCUGUCAGUAGAUGGAAGAAUUAGUACUUGUUUUACCAGAAAAUGCUGCAAUUGCUCCCUUCCCUACUGCAGAGAGAUUGAUGCAAACUUCAAUGUGUGGGUUUUACCAUCAAGCAGAGACAACAGCUCGAGUAUCCCUGAAAUUGGCGGCGAUGAUCCCUCAGUGAUUUACGUUAACCCUGGAUGUGAAGCUGACCUCGACACAUUAGUGCAAGACACAAUCAGGCUGACAACCUCAGUAGAAGAAACAUGUUCAGAGCUGUGCAAGAAAGCAGAACCAACAUUACUCCAUAUUAACAAGCAAAAAUCUGCUUCAAUAGAUAAGAGGUGGUCCAGGUUACUGGAGUUGCGAAAAACAUAUUCAUAAUAACCAGAACGAUAAAUAUGAGUCUGAAUGUUGCAUCAAACUACACAAAUUUCACUCUCUUUUAGAAAUUUGAUGCUCUGGGAAAAUUGCAUGGAGCAAUGAACAUGAGCUUGGAUGCUGUACUAAAUUACAUGAUGAGAUAAAUCGCAAAAACAUUGAUGUACAUAUUCUGUUAUAGGAUUUUACCAUAUCUGCUUUGUGCGACUUUGAGUAAAUGAAAGUAUACUACACGACACGAUUGAUAGGUUUA